CUAAGAACACCAUCGCCAUGCGCUUCCUCCUAGCUCUGUCCCUGGUCGUCCUGGCCGUGCUCAUCCUCCAGAGCAGCCAAGUCUCCGCCCAAACGACCACCACCACCAGUGCCUCAGCCACCACCACCACAACGGCUGCCUCCGCCACCACGACAGCCGAUGCCUCGGCUACCACCACCACAGAAUCCUCCUCCACUACCACCACGGCUUCCACCAAGAAGAAGCACCGACGACGUCGUGUCAUCAUAAGGCGAGUGGUCAUCCGACGAGGAGGCAGGGGAAACCGUCGCGGUGGUGCAGGACAAUCUGGGACCGGAGUCAACCGCCGAAGGGUUGUGGUCCGAGUUCGCAGAACGGCCAACUGAAACUCGCAGACGAAAACGAAGCUCAUUUGCCUUUUAACUCCAGCUGUUAGUUAUUCAAAAUAAAUCAAUCGAACAUUA